AUGUUUUCACACAUGUCUGUGGAUGAUUUACCGCGUAAAGGCUAUACAUAUUCAGAAAAGGUCAUGCGAGAAUCAGCGAAACCGCCAGUUCGCGGUAAAACGUCGCCUUAUGGGUUUUUUGUAAAGAUGUGUUAUGAGGAACACAAGAAAAAGUAUCCGAACGAAAAUGUUCAAGUAACAGAAAUCAGUAAGAAGUGUUCUGAGAAGUGGAAAGUCAUGUCAGAUGAUGAAAAGCGGAGAUUUUUUGAACUAGCUCAGAAAGAUGCAGAACGCUACCAGGCUGAAGUUGCAGCUUAUGGUGGCGAAGAUGCUUUACGCAAACGUAAACGAGUAAAGAAAGACCCGAAUGCACCAAAAAGGGCACUAUCUGCAUUUUUCUUUUUUUCACAUGAUAAGCGUCCAGAAGUGCAGCAGCAGCAUCCGGAAUGGAAAGUUGGUCAGGUUGCGCAGGAGUUGGGAAAGUAUUGGAAGGCUUUAAGUGAUGAGGAGCGAGCAGUCUACGAACAGAAAGCAUUGGAGGAUAAGGAGCGGUAUGCUGAGGAGAUGCGAAAUUAUAAAAAGCCCACUCCGGUAGCUGCUGCAGUGCAGCCAAUGGUUGGCAUUCCCGAAGGAGCUGUGCCCGUUGCUACCGCUCCUGGCGUUCCUGUUCCAGUUCCCCCUGGGACUGUGAUGAUGGGGAUCCCUACAACAGAGGAUGUAAGGGUGUUUCGAUCUACCUUUUAG